UCAUUAGUCACAACCAGCGGUCUAAGGCCUAAAAUUUGGGCAUGGGAGAAUUGGUUAUGGGCUAGGCUAGUGGACUCAUCCAUACUCCAUAGGCCUAUUUUUCAAUUUUCUCUGACCAUGGGCUAAUCUUUCUCGCUUUGAACUUUUCUCAUACAUUUGGGCUUCAUGGGCAGCUCUCAGUUCUCAAGUGAUUUAUUCUGAGCUAAAAGCUUUCCAGUACUAUUAAUGGUAGCUAUGGAUAUGGCGCACUCGCUUCUGCCUUCUGAUUCAUCUCUGUACCCGCUUCUCCUUCGAGCCCCGAAUUAUUCUUCAUUUAAAACUUUCAAAUUUGGUACUUAUUGUUCUUCUGGCCGUUCAAUUCAAGUGUAUGCCGCUAAAACCAAAAGAAAGCCCAGGCCUAGCUUCUCUGAACAAAUUCGUGAUAAAUGGUCUGUCAGAGUCCCUUCAACAAGAGAGAAAUUUCCAUGGGAAGAACAAAAACGGCAGCAACUGCAAGAACUAGACGAAGAGGAAGAAAUAGAAGCCUCUGGGGCGUUUUUCUCUGAAGCAGAAAUUGAUGCUAGCCCAUCAGUGAGCGAUGGUUCAGUGAGUUUUACUCUACCCAAUCGUUUAAUUACAGCUCCUUGGAUUCAUGGAUCAACACCCCAAAGGACCCACUUCUAUUCUCACCAUAAAAAUGGUGAAAAUGUUAAUGAAAUUUUCGACCAUCUCGAAGAAACUGCUGUAUAUGCUGUUGUUGAUAAAGCAAAAAGUUUGGAGACGGAAGCUAAUUACAAUAAAAUAUGCAAGGAAGGUGAUGAUGUAUUACAUGUUGAUGACACAGAAAGCUUUGACGAAGAAGUAAAUUAUAAUGACAAAUGCAAAGAAGAAACAGUUAUACUUGGUGCUGUUUCAGUUGAGUUACCAAGGGAUAAGGAAAUAGCAAGAGCUGAGGACUCAAACGAUGCUAUUUCUCAAAAUGAGAAACCUACCGGGGCCAAUCGAGAGAAUGGAAAUAUUCAGCUUUCUCGUGAUGAUAAUAGCAGUUCAAUUGAAUUGCCGUGGGAGAGAAAGAGGGAAGUGGAGUCCUUGGACGGAGAUUGGAGAAGGAAGAGGAGCAACACUGAUUUGGCGGAGAGAAUCUUGCCUGAACAUGAGUUGAAGAGGCUGAGGAAUGUUGCGUUGAGGAUGUUUGAGAGGAUUAAAGUUGGGGCUGCAGGCAUUACCCAGGAUUUGGUGGAUGCAGUUCAUGCGAAGUGGAGGCUGGAUGAGGUGGUGAAGUUGAAGUUCGAAGGGCCUCUUUCAUGUAACAUGAAAAGGACACAUGAGAUUUUGGAGACUAGAACUGGAGGUCUGGUUAUAUGGAGAUCAGGUAGCUCGGUGGUGUUGUACAGAGGAAUGGCCUACAAAUUUCAAUGUGUUCAAUCAUAUUCUAAACAAAAUGAGUCUGAGAAGGAUAUUUUAUCCCAUUCAGAAGAAGUGACGAGUAAUGCUGCAUGUAGUGUAGGAGUAAAGGACUUCACUGGUACUAGAGAGUCAGUUAUGCCUGAUUAUGCGAAGUAUUUGAAGCAUCUAUCUCAAGACGAACUCAUGGAUUUUAGUGAACUAGAUCAGUUGUUGGAUGAGCUGGGUCCAAGGUUUAAAGAUUGGUGCGGCCGUGAGCCAUUGCCUGUUGAUGCAGAUUUGCUUCCUGCAGUGGAUCCUGAAUAUAAACCUCCAUUUAGACUUCUUCCCUAUGGGGUACGACAUUAUUUGACAAACAAGGAGAUGACAGUUUUCCGUAGGCUUGCAAGAACAGUGCCUCCGCAUUUUGCCCUAGGAAGGAACAGAGAAUUGCAAGGUCUUGCUAAAGCUAUAGUGAAGCUGUGGAAAAGAAGUGCUAUUGCAAAGAUAGCCAUAAAACGAGGUGUGCAGAAUACACGUAAUGAAAGAAUGGCAGAAGAACUUAAGAUAUUGACAGGAGGAAUACUACUUUCUAGAAACAAGGAGUACAUUGUAUUUUAUAGGGGAAAUGACUUCUUGCCACCUGCUAUUAUGGAGACACUGAAAGAGAGGCGGAAACUAACUUAUCUUAAGCAAGACGAGGAAGAGCAAGCCCGGCAGAUGAACUUGCCUUUUAUUGAAUCAAAUGCUAAAAAUACUGAAGGCAUGGUUGCUGGAACUCUUGCUGAAACGAGGGCAGCAACCUCACAUUGGAUGAAUUAUCUGGGUGGUGAAGGUGUAGAGGAAAUGCUGAGAGAUGCAUCUUUAGCUAGACUUACUUCAUUAGUCAAACAUCUUCAGAAUAAACUUGCCCUUGCAAAAAUGAAACUCAAAAAGGCUGAUAAAGCUUUAGCAAAGGUACAAGAACAUCUGGAACCAGCAGGGCCCCCAACUGAUUUGGAAACCAUAAAUGAUGAGGAAAGGUUCUUGUUUCGCAAGAUUGGUCUGAGUAUGAAACCCUACAUCCUCCUAGGGAGGAGAGGGGUCUAUGAUGGUACCAUACAAAACAUGCACUUACAUUGGAAAUAUCGUGAAGUGGUAAAGAUAAUUGUGAAAGGAAAAAGCUUUGCACAGGUCAAGCAUUUUGCAAUUUCUUUGGAGGCUGAGAGUGGUGGAGUAUUGGUAUCUGUAGAUCGAACAACCAAAGGCUAUGCAAUUAUUAUCUAUCGUGGAAAAAAUUAUUUACGUCCUCAUGUAAUGAGGCCCGCAAAUUUAUUGACAAAACGGCAGGCAUUAGCCAGGUCAAUUGAACUUCAAAGACGAGAGGCACUGAAGCAUCAUAUCUCAGACCUACAGGAGAGGAUUCAAUUGAUGAAGCUUGAACUAGAAGAAAUGGAAUCUGGCAAAAAGAUUGAUGUAGAGAAAACCCUGAGCUCAAUGAGUGACACUAAAGUUUCUGAAAGUGAUGUUGAAGAGGAGGGGGAAGAGGCAUAUCUUGAAGAAUAUGACAGUAGCAAUGAGGAUACCUAUUAUCAAAACUAAAGCAUGCUGGAGAGAAGACCAACUGAUUUUAGAUUAAAUGUUGUGCAUGUUAGCUGUUGGGAAAGGUCAAUCAUUCAGACUUGCCAAGCAAUGGUCAAGAUGAUUGCUGAUAGCGUUGCAUGUCAUGCUCCUAGAGGCGUACCUUACAUCAUUUAUCUACUUGAGAUUAUUGAAAAAAAUUUUGUAAUUCCAAAUGCGAUGGGGAUGUUAUAACAAGUAACCAUCAGCUUCUCUGCUUCUGUCAGACGAAAGGGUGACUUCCACCAGCAUUAUUUGAGUUGUGAAUGCUAGGAUAAGUGUAAUAUGUCAAUGUAAAUAAAGUGAUCCUGCAAUGUUUAUGCUUUUUGAUCCUUCUUCA